CAUGAUAUUAAUAAUUUAAUAUAACUGUUACAAGCCACAACAUAAACAUAUAUAAAGAUAUGUGUAUAGAUGUUACUUCAUAUCGAAUUUUAUAUAUUUCCCUCUAAAAACUCAAUGAAAGUGAAAAUAAAGCCACAUAGGGUAGCAAAUGUGUGGAUGUGUUUGGAUCCAGGGUUUGAGGACUCAGUCUCAGCCUCACCCUCCGUUGUUUCAUGGUAGAGGUCCUCCUCCUCAAUUAUCUCAAUUCUACCGGAUCUCUCUACUCGGUCCUUCUCCACCAAAAUAAAUCUAUUCCCCAAAGACCCGUAUAUCAUCGACCAUGUCUCUCACCAUUAAGCUUCAUGUCACUACCUCUCACUCUCACUCUCAUCGUCUCAACCACCUAACAAAGUUCACUUCAUAUAGCCCCAACAUUCGAUCGAAAUCAAUUUACCAUUCCGACCCAUUAGUCUCUAUCGUCUAUAACACCAAACCCAGAAUGCAUUCUCCGUCACAGCCAGUAGUUCAUCAGGCUCCUGCGAUCAAAAGCUCUCUUAUUGAACCCGAUGGCGGGGAGCUUGUAAACCUUGUGGUUCCGGAGAGUGAACGGGCUUCGAGGGUCUCAGAAGCCCAGGCUCUACCCAAGGUGAGUCUGAAUAAGAUUGAUCUCGAAUGGGUUCAUGUGAUCAGCGAAGGAUGGGCUAGCCCAUUGAAGGGGUUCAUGAGGGAAGAUGAGUAUUUGCAAAGCUUGCACUUCAAUUCACUCAGAACGAAAGAUGGGUCUGUGGUAAACAUGUCGCUGCCUAUUGUGUUGGCCAUUGAUGACGAGACCAAGGAGCGAAUCGGGUCUUCGACUAAUGUGGGGUUGGUAGGUCCUAACAGAGAUUUGAUUGCGAUACUUCGAAGCAUUGAAAUAUACAAACAUAACAAAGAAGAAAGAAUAGCAAGAACCUGGGGGACCACAGUUUCGGGAUUGCCAUAUGUUGAGGAGACUAUUACUAACGCUGGAAAUUGGCUUAUUGGUGGAGAUUUGGAAGUGUUGGAGCCCAUAAAAUACAACGACGGCCUUGAUCACUACAGGCUCUCUCCCCAACAACUCCGGGAAGAAUUCGAUAGCCGCAAGGCUGAUGCAGUGUUUGCUUUUCAGUUAAGGAAUCCUGUUCACAAUGGACAUGCUCUGUUAAUGAAUGACACACGCAGAAGCCUUAUAGAAAUGGGCUACAAGAACCCAAUCUUAUUGCUUCAUCCUUUGGGAGGUUUCACAAAGGUUGAUGAUGUGCCCCUGGAUGUUCGGAUGGAGCAACAUAGCAAGGUACUGGAAGAUGGAAUUCUUGAUCCUAAAACGACAAUCGUGGCUAUAUUUCCAUCUCCCAUGCAUUAUGCAGGUCCCACUGAAGUCCAAUGGCAUGCAAAGGCAAGAAUAAAUGCUGGUGCAAAUUUUUACAUCGUGGGUCGGGAUCCUGCUGGUAUGGGUCACCCGACAGAGAACAGAGAUUUAUAUGAUCCUGAUCAUGGAAAAAAGGUCCUAAGCAUGGCUCCUGGACUUGAGAAGCUAAAUAUCUUGCCAUUCAGAGUUGCAGCAUACGACACCGUGCAUAAGAAGAUGGCGUUUUUUGAUCCUUCACGUGCUAAUAAAAAUGAAUUUCUGUUCAUCUCCGGAACCAAGAUGCGGAACUAUGCCAAGACUGGCGAGAACCCACCGGAGGGUUUCAUGUCCUCUGGGGGAUGGAAGGUCCUCGUCAACUAUUACCAGAGCUUGCAAACAGAAGAGUAUUGAGAGUACUAUUAGGAGAUUCAGCUCUUAUAAAUGUGGAGAGAGUCUAAAUCGGUUAAUUGAAGCAAUCAUAAGCAGAGGUUUUGUACAAAGCCAGAUUAUUGUAACUGAUGAGCAAGUACAAGGGUCUUGUAUUAUUCUCUUUUAUUUUCUCUCAUUUAUACUAAGAAAGAAAAUGUUAUAAUAUAAAUCCAAACAGUCUUAGUUAUUUCACAAAAUCUUGUCUCUAUUUUUCUUGAUGAAAGUUUGAACUUCC